AUGAUUUCCUCACAUCAAGAAAAAGCUGGGUUCUUGUUGGUCACUGUCGAAGAAGAGAGCACCACCACCAGCAGUAGUUUUUCAUCUCGUGGUCGUGAUGGUCCUCCUUCAAACACUUUCCAUCAUCACCACUCUCCAACGAUCCAUAUUGAAGAACAUCAUUAUGAGAAUAAGCCUCUUCUUGUGGAUGAAUACAAACACCAUGUUCAUCAUGAUCUUCGCUCAUCAAAGAGCAUUCGGGUCGAAUUGACCACUCAUAAAACCAAUAAGAGACAAUACGCGGUUGAUGAUCAAGUUGCUUCAUCGCAUCAUCAUCACAAGCAUGCUACAACUUCAUCAGUGCCAAUAAUGAAAAUCCAUGUCCGUGAUGAGGAUCCAACCACAACCCGAGAAGCCUCAUCAUCAUCCGCAAGAGUAAGAUCCACUCUCGGAAAGAGAAAUCUAACGGAAUUUAAAGGGGACCAACACCAUGAGCAGCAUAAAGAUCAAGUGGAGGUGGUGGAUGAGAACCAUAGGGUUGAGAACUACGAUGAUGAUCAUACACCAUCAUCAUCAUCAUCGCCACGUAUUGCGUUUUAUGAAAUUUCUUCCUCUUCCCUUUGGCAAUCCAAUCUCAAUCAUCCAGAGGAGCAACCCAAUCACAAUGUGUUUGAGGGUGGACCACCACCUCACGAAAUAGCACAGCAUGAACAUGAGGAACAACCACCUAUUGCUCAACAAGAGAAUGUAUUUCAACAAGUCAUUUCUCAACAACAACCACACUUUUACCCACCACCAAUUGUGGUUGGAUAUGGAAAUAAUGGCACCUUGUACGUACAGAGCCAAAACACUGGAAGAUUCAUUCCAGCCAUUGUAUCACCCAAGAAAAAGAAACCAAAAACCAAACAUCCCAUCAAUGCCGAGCUUAUAAUCACGAAAACUAAUGUAGUAAGAAUUAGAAAGAAGAAAGGACAGACUGUUGUGAAUUGUGAUGUUUAUGUUGGGAAUCGAUGUUUUCAUGGUGGAUGGAGGUUACAAGAAUCCAAAUGGGCAAAUCCUUUUGAAAAACUUCCCAAACCUGAAAGCUUGGAAAAGUAUCGAGAGUACAUCCUGAGUCAACCCAAGUUGAAACAAGACUUGAUUGAAUUGAAGGGUAAAACUCUUGGAUGUUUUUGUGAGAGGCAUGAAAGACCCUGUCAUGCAGAUGUAUUGUGUGAAUUAGUUGAGGAACUCUAUCCCUAA